AAUUGAAAGUGAAUAGAAUUGGAUUGAAAAAAAAACAAAAUAUGCCAAUAAAGAAUCAAAAAAUCAAAAAGAUGUUGUCAUCUUCGGCGGCACCAAUUGUAUCGGAAAGAUUCAAAACAAGAACUAUUCAACGUUCAUCACCAAGUUUAUCAGCAUUGAGUAUUGGAAAAGAUUCUGUUUUAUCAUUGAAUGAUCGACAGAUUUAUGUUCUAGAUUUGCCUACAAAGAGUUUAUCUAAAACUAGACAAAAAACAAAGUCAUCAUUGAGAAAUAAAUCAUCAAAAAAUCGAUCAAAAACAAGAAGAUCUGCAAGUUUUAAAUCUAAAACUAUGGUCAAACAACAACAAAGCAAAAGAAUAUCUGCGCCUAAAUCACGGUCAUUAUCAAUGACCAAAAAAGGAAAAAAAACAUCUCAAAGUGUAAUGAAAUUGUAUUCGACAAAAAGACGGGCAUUAUCGAAACGUAAACGGACAAUGAUGAAAAAAGGAAGAGCAGCAUCAGUAAUGGGAAAAGAAAAAGGUGGAAGACGACGAACAAUCAAAUCUUCAGCUAGAAUUCGAACUAGAAGUCCAACAAAAAAACGAACAACAACAACAUCAUCAUUGUCAUCUAUAACGUUGAGUAAAGGUCCAAAAACAAGUGGUUUAAAAAUGAUGAAAAGUAAAAGAUUGAUAAAACGCAAAGGAAGAGGUGGAGCACGACGACAAAGAAAACAACAAUCUUCGAUUGGUGUACGCAGUAAAAGUGUUCAAAGUCAAUCAAACACAAGUCAUAGUUUCAAAUCAAAAUAUUCAAUUGAUGGACAAAGACGACGACAAAUAGGAAAAAGUAAAACUUUAUUGAAACGAAAAAUGGUGGCGAAACCAAUAAGAAAAUUUCGACAACAAUUACCCGAACAACAACCACAACAACAACAACAAGAACAAUCAAUGAUUCAAAUGUCAGAACGUAUAUCAACAUUGGGAAGAAAUUAUCGUAAACGAUUGAAUGAAAUUGCAAAAUCUUUAUUGCCGAAAUUAUUUCCUAAAAUUGUUGAUAAUGAAAUAUCCAGUGAAUCGUCAUCUUUACCAUCAUCAUCAUCAUCAUCGUCAUCAUCAUCAGCAUCACCAUCAUCUUCGAAAAAAUCACAACGUAAAUCAAAAGGUGAAAAAAUUUCAUCGAAAUUACGGCAAAAAAAUUCAUUAUCAUGGUCAAAAUUAGAUAAUGAUAGUGUGAAUGAAUUACAGAAAUCUGCAUCAAUUAAAGUGAAACCAGUUAAACCUAAAACGGCAGCUACAAUGAAAAAUAAUCGUCGUCCAAAAUCACAAUCGAAAUCAUUAUCGAAGAGAAAAACGGCAGCUGAUAACAAGAAAAAAUCACCAUUACCACAGAUCAAAACAAUGAAGCAAGAUUCAUCGUUGGAUACCAUGAAGAAGAUAUCCACCACUACAGCUAUGUCGGUCGAAAGUUUAAACAGCCGAAGCGGCAGCAAUACAAGUAAUUAAAACUUAUAAAAGAAUGUGAUUUUAUUCCAUAAAAAAAUGACAAAAUUCUAAGAAGUAAAAAAAAUGAAUUAUUCUUAA